AUGAUCGACCAUCUUGUCGGUCGCCCAAACCCUUCAUGGAAGCGUACUCAGGUUUUUCUCGUUAUUAUCUUUUGGCUAUGGAGGAUUGUUCGUGGUAACUCGGGCCCUCCACGCAUUCUUUGGCUUCCCAGGUUCAACAAAACUUUGCAACGCUUCACCCCAUGGCAGAUUGUUCUGAGUACACUUACUGCAGUAUACACAAUCCGAAAUUUUGAUAAGAUUUUGGGUGUGAGCGCACCGGAGCCGCUCGCACGACUAGUAAGCCCAUCAUCUUUCGUGUGUCGGAAUUGCGUUAAGAGAGACGUGAAGUACUCGCCAUCAUAUUAUCGUGCCACAUGGAUUGCUACUGGACUUGAUGCCGGAUUCGCCACUGCUAUGUCCAUCCGUCCCAAAUGGUUGAGGGAUAUAUCAUCAAUUAUAUUUUCUUUCUACUACAUCCUAUAUGCACAAGAAGCUGAUGAAAAGCUUCGAAGAUUCCGUGCGGUACCAACUGUUGAGAUGCUAAGAACCACUUGGGAAAAGACUACAAACCCUUAUAUUCGCCUGGUAUCAUACUUGCCACGCAUAAGUGUCAGGCGAAAGAUCUUGCUUCCCCGCCCGAAGUCAUCGUCUUAUGACCGCCCUAUAACUGCUUACUUAUUCUUCGCACCUCCUGAAUGGCAAUUAUGCAAGGCCACCGAAUUAAUUCUUGAUUUCCCUGGCGGAGGUUUUGUGGCAAUGAGCCCUGAACAUCAUGAAGAACGACUCAGGAUGUGGGCAGUCACAAGCGGUCGACCAGUGGUAUCAAUAGAUUAUGGGAAAGCGCCAGAAUAUCCUUAUCCAUUCGCACAAGAUGAAGCGUUUGAUACAUAUAGAGUCCUUGUGGAAUCAUGUGGGUCACUCCUUGGAAUGUCAGGAAAAAAGCUCCGCGUAAUUCUGUCUGGGGAUUCAGCCGGAGGCACGCUGGCAUUGAAUGUUGUACUUAAGGCAUUGGAGCUUAAAGAGCAAACUUCAGCUUCUCACCAUCCAAUUUUUUUGCCGCUCCCAACCGCCAUUGUCCUUAAUUAUGCCGCACUCGAUUUUAAUUUCACCUCUUGGAUGACUGCAGACAAUUUGCAAGUUUUGAGAUCCGAGCAAUCGUCUGGGAACCUCCCUGGUAUAAAGGAGCUGGCAGAACAGAAGGAUCACCUCAAACACAUCAGUCCCCUUAGCAUGGUAAGAGACAAAAAACCUAAUUCAACUCGAAGGCGCAUCAAGAGGAGGUCAAGCUGGAAGGACACUCUCCGGGAUCUUGCAAGUGGCGGCGAGGGUGGAUCUAGCCAUUCAAAAAUUUCGUCGUCUUCCUCGAAAGGUCCUUCAAAAAUUCUCACUCAUGACCCCCUUUCAACCAACGGUGUUGGCGAUGAAGGCGUGCUUGCUGACGCUGAAAGCGAAGACGAGGACGAUUUCCGCCAAUACAAGGAAGAGGACCGACCUAUUCAAGCUCGCGUUUUGUACAAGUAUCCCUACGGUGGUGCCAAUGUCCCGCGCAGCGAGUCGGCACUUGAAAGACAGCAACAAGAACUUUCUAUAGCCGUUGAGGAAGCUAAUACAAAAGCUACUCUUGCGAUGGGCGGGAAAACGCCUCACUCCUCUAACGGCACACCCAAGGAACCUAUUGGUACACGAUUGACGAUGACCAGCAGAACAGGAUAUUUUCAGGAUCGCAUCGUUUCUCCCAGUAUGAUGCGGGCUAUGGCGAUCCUGUAUAUCGGGCCACAUCGGAAUCCUGAUUUUGCUACUGAUUAUCAUAUCUCUCCGAUCCUUGCCCCAGCACGUCUGCUGGCACAAUUCCCGCCGCUUCUAAUGCAAUGCGGAGAAAAAGACCCUUUUGUGGAUGACACCGUGAUCUUUGCAGGACGAGUGAGGGAGGCCAAGCGUGCCCGGAAGAUUGAACUGGAUUUGGCUUUGUCGGGAAAAAGCGCACGGUUUGGCGAGAGUCUUCGAAUGAGUAACGCAGAGUCGCUGCUGGAGACCAAGGCGUCUGCAGAAGCGAAAAGGGAGCGGGAAAAGCUCGCGAGUGAGAGUGAGUCGGACUGGGUCCAAAUGGUUCUUUUCUCGGAUUGGAGCCAUGGAUAUCUCCAAAUGCCAACUCUGAUGAGCGAGGCAAAGGCUGUUAUCGAGGAAGUGGCCGACUGGAUUGACGACGCAUUCAAUAGGUAUGGGAAUCAAAGCGGCGUUCAAGCGACGACGACUCGUGAGAGCACAGACCGACCCGCCCCAAAGAACCUAUCAUUACCGAAAUCGUCGACCAAGACAAUUGGGCACAGUCCUCUAACGUCAGAAACGGAGACUGAUGAUUCUGGGAUCACGUUUGUGCCGAAGAGGUAUCAUGAUCAGUCACGCCGAGGGUCGCCCGAAGCUUCUCCUUCAGGCUCUGGGAUGUUUUUGUCGUCAAAGGAGGAUUCAUCUGGGUCGGAAGCAACGUUAGUGGUGAAUGCUACACCAUGGGAAUUGCAGAGCAAGACGGAACAUGGUACAAGGACGCAGACGCCAGACAAGGCAUCGACGCCGAGGUUGACGGGACAAACGAUCUCUGAGACGGAACUUAUGCGACGACGAAGACUGCUUGACGCACACAUAUUUGAUUAG